AUGCCCGCGAAGACGAAGGGAGGGGGCAGCAUGGUACGGAGCGGUGUCACGCGCGGGAUGUCCACCGGGGUGAACGCCGGCGGCGGCGGGGCGGGCAUCGGUCGCGGAGGCGGCGAUCCGACGCAUCGGUCGUCGUCCGACCUCGGCGGCCUCGCGCCUCCCUCGCGGCCCGUCGCGCCCGCCGCGAAGUCGGGCUCGAAGCGGUCCGACGCCGCCGCCGCGAACGCCGCGACGGCGACGGCGACGGCGACGGCGCGGGAGAAGACGAAGCGCGCGAAGACGUCGACGGCCGCGGAGACGCGCGGUCGCCCGCGGACCCUCGCGCCCGCGAAGCUCGGGAACGUCCUGAUGACCGCGGAGACGUACUGCGCGCUGCUGCUUCGACGCGGGUUCACGCCGCUCGUGUCGGGGGAGCGAUGCCCGCGCGUGGAGGGGAUAGCGGCGACGGCGACGGCGAAGGCGAAGGCGGCGACGGCGACGGCGACGGCGGCGACGGCGACGGCGGCGACGGGAGGAGGAGGGGCGAAGGAGAGAGACGGAUCUGAGGUGCGUUCUAUACACUGGUCCCCAUACGACCGCGUUGGCGAUGUGGACGCCGAUCCUUAA